UUCCUCGUUGCGCUUGCCUACUGCCGUGAGGUACGAACGACACGUACGUUCCUCCAUGGAUUCUUCCUCGCAUCAGGCGAAUGCCACCACGGCCAGCUUUGGGUAGUCGGCCGAGCUCCUCAUCGACGCGACUAAAAUGUACCCAUAUCUGUAUGACAAGCGGCACCCUUCUUUUAAAGAUCGGACAAAGAAGGACCGGGCUUGGGCAGAUCGAAGCAUGUUCGGCAUGUCGAGUGUCCUUGUUGAGAAACGAUUUAAGAACCUGCGUGAUAUCUUCAAAAGGAAACAACACGACAUACGUGAAAAAACAAAGAAGUGGAGCCGGAGCAGCCGACAUUCCAACAAUAAAAUGGCCCCAUUUUGAGGCCAUGCUUGAAUUAAUGGAAGGAGAGUCUGAGCCUGUGGCCAGCCACAUCACAGCAGAAGAGGCUAACGAGAGAUCACCGCCUCGGCCAAGACAUGCAGCGGAACCGGAACGUACCCCUGAUACGGCUGAGGAGACUCGUGUCGACACCUGCAGCAAUGAGUCACGCUCGUCAAGACGACAACGGACCUGCGAGGGCGCUAGCAAUGCAGGAGAGGGCACAAGCCAUGAAGCUGUGGCGCAAGCGUGCAUGGAUCACCUUGAACACAUCAGAGCGAACAAGGGGGUCAUCAAAAAAGAUAACAUUGGUUUCUUCGCUCUACGUACCGAUGCACCCCUCAGAGAGCUACCAGUGCACAUUGCACAAGAUGUAAUGCAUGCAGUAGAACUUAUGCUGUAUGAAGCAGAGGCAAAAUUGCAUCAGAGCAGUGAAGCAAAUUGAAGUGUUUAUAUAUAUAAAGUCAAUGACACCCA